UAUUAUUAUCGUCGUAAAACGGAAAUAUCUGUUCAUCAUCAGUCUUCAACAAAGUUCCAGUUCAAGAAAAAGUCUGAACCUCCAAAUCUCCAAUCGCAGAGAGGAGAGAGAAAGAGGAAGAUGGAGAAAGGGAAAGGAAUAAUGGUGGGAGGAAGAAGAUGGGCGGUUGAAUUCACCGAUAAUUCUACUGCUCCUUCUUCUCGCGACGUCCCAGAUCCUCCUGGUUUCACUCGCGCCUCUCAAGAUCAGGAGGAUUCGUCUGUCACUCGUCAAAAGAAAGAUGCUGAAGCUAAUUGGAAAUAUCAGAAAGCUUGGGAAGUGGCACAAGCUCCUGUGAAAAAUUUGUUGAUGAUGGGAUUUAUGAUGUGGAUGUCUGGAAGCACUGUACAUUUGUUUAGCAUUGGUAUCACCUUCUCAGCUCUUUGGCAGCCCAUUAGUGCUCUUCGAGAUGUUGGAAAAGUUUUUGCACCCUACAAGGACAGCAAAGUUGAGCUCUUAGGGCCGAAGCUGGUCUUCCUUGCCCUUAACAUGGUGGGACUUGCCCUUGGUGUCUGGAAGCUGAACACACUGGGUCUACUCCCAACACACGCUUCAGACUGGGUGUCAUCCUUACCUCCAGCUCUGGAUGUUGAGUUUUCUGGUGGCGGUUUGCCUCUGUAUUAAUAGCUUACAAAAUACUUCAUUUGUUGAGCAAACAAUGAGUAGCUUAACGGGGAUGAGCCUGCUAGAAGAUAUCAAAGAAGCAUAGCUGUUAUGUUGAUCUCUUCUGUAUGACCAGAUUAAUUAUGGCACCUCAUAAUUUAGAACUUCUUAUUUUAUGUUCAAUAUACAACAUAUAUAGCUCCUUUCCUGGAAACUUUUGGGGGCAUGAAGAAGUACAGGAGAUGAUUAUCAUGCAAGGUAUUCCUUUUUUUAGAUUUACCAACCGUUUUUGCUGCAUCGGGGGUUAAGAACCAAAUGGAUAGAUUGUAGUUUGUUACUCUCUAAUUUAAAUUAAAUUUUCUUUUCAGCAUGCA